GGAAGCUCCCGAGAAAAUAUCCCGGAACUAGUGUCCUACUUUAUUUCUCUCGAUAGCCAAACAGUGGUUAAUAUAUCAUGACUCCCAGACUCCCGGAAAUAAGUAUGGCCCAGUUGAAGCCAAUAAAGCUACCUUGUACAUCGGAAGCGUUGGACUAUCCCAGAAUUAGUCGAAUAUUCGAGGAAUCCACAGGUCGAAGAAAUGCCACUUCAAGUGAUCAUCGUCGGCGCAGGAAUUGGCGGCCUUUGUACCGCUGUCGCACUGCAGCAGGCUGGCCAUUCUGUCAAGAUACUAGAAAAGUCUGCCUUUGCUGCUGAAGUGGGAGCCGCUCUCUUGAUUACGCCUAAUGGAGAGCGUGUGCUGUCUCGCCUUGGAUUCGAUUUCAAGCGAGCCCGUGCCGAUGAUAUGGCGUGUUUUGAGGUAUUAGAUGGCGUCACAUUUAAGCCUCUUCACCGCGCUGAGUUAAGCAACGCGCGUGAGGAGUACAGAGCGCCUCUAUACACGGUUCAUCGCGUGGAUCUACAUAAUGAGCUUCUCCGUCUAACAUCGGCUCUAGACCUCCAGUUAUCCUCAAGGGUGGUGGCAGCCGAUGCAGAGCAGGGUUUUGUGAUUUUAGAAGACGGAUCGAAGCAUCAUGCCGACCUCAUUAUCGGUGCGGAUGGCCUUCACUCGGUUCUGAGGGGUAUUGCGCUAGGUGAUCAGGAUGCGGCCAAGCCAACUCCAUCAGGGAUGAGCGCUUUCCGCUUUAUGAUCCCUACAUCUGAAUUAAAAGAUGAUCCGCACUUCCAAGAGCUGCUGAAGUCCAAAGGAAGAGGCAAUAGUGUCUUAGCGGACACGACCGCUCAGACAGAGCGUCAUAUGGUAUGGUACACGUGUCGAGAUGGAGAAGUUCAAAAUUUUGCAGGUAUCCAUGGGAAUAUUUACAAGGGUGACGAAGACACCAAGACGCUUAUGCUGAGACAAUUCAGUCAUUAUCAUCCUAGUAUAGUUCAUAUCAUCAACGUCGCCCCCAACGUCACCGACUGGCCUCUUUCCUUUCACGAUCCCCUUCCUACUUGGCAUCGAGGAAAGGUUGUCUUAGUUGGGGAUGCAGCUCAUCCAAUGCUUCCGUUUGGUGCGCAAGGAGCAAACCAAGCUAUUGAGGACGCGGGUGCCUUGGGGGCGCUUUUCAAAGGUGGUGAUGAAUCUGCGGCAGAUGUUCCCAGCCGUCUCGCCCUCUUUGAGCAAGUUCGAAGGCUGCGCGCAUCGAGAGUCCAGUCACUUUCUAGGGUGCGCCUUGGGAAAGAAAAAGAGGUGGAAGCUAGGGUACGACAAUAUGCUGACCCACCAGGCUCAGAUGUACCAACUUCUUUCUUCGAGCGGCUCGCGCAUGAUUAUACGUUUGACGUGUUUAAAGCGUGCAAGGAAGCACUAACUAGAGAUAAACAAGGUAAUUGAUGGAGCUAGGAUCAUCUGCCAGAGGACGUAAGGAGUCAAGCUACUUUUGAAUUCAUGAGAUAGCGUCGAUGUAAAUCAUGGGUUUAUCUAUUCCUUCCUGACCUAGUAUUUUGUCUUUCCACGUGGGUUUACUAAUUAGGUAAACAACUAGGUAGGUUCUAUCAGCGACAUGCUUAAAUUCGAAGUAGUAAUUAAGUCCGGUUUAAUACCGCCCUUUAUCAUGAAGUCU